GAAGCGAAGAACAUCGCGUUCGGUAUCUGAGCUCGUCCCCUGGAUACAAUCACAUUUCUUUCUUCCCCUCGAUUCCUGAACUGCUGAAUACAGGUCGUCUAGCACCCUUGAGUGCUUGAAACAGCAGCAUUCUCUCUGGUCUGGCUCGGUCGGAAUGGAGCCAAGCUCCAUCCAUGUUGAUGUUGACUUGAAAAGACGUCUUACAAGCCAGAUCCAGUAACCGGGAUUUCUUUCCUCAUAUCGGCCCAUGUUGAUUUCGCAUCGCACCAAUUACACUAAAACAGUCUAACACACAUUCCAGGCUAAUUUCGCCAGCCAUGGAGCCGAUCUCCAUGGACGAGUCCGAGUCUGACUUUUACGGGAGUGAAGAUGUGGUUGCGAGGCUGCGCAAUAGAGUGCGCACUUUUGACACUGCGAAAUGGCAACGGGAUCGACAAGCCGCCAACCGCGUGCGCCAGCCCUUACUGCACGGGAUUGUGCCGUCAAAUUACCCCGAGCUCUAUAAUCCAUAUGCCGGGGUGUCGUACGCGUGGCAGUUUGCAGAGACAGUUGAGGACUUUUUAGUUCGUCUUCCACCCGCCACAACGGAGGCCACCUCCGCAUGUCCUUGGAUCUACAUCUGUAACCCCUCCGUUCGGCGGAAAAACAAUGACGAAGCACAGAACCAAACCUCCAGAGGCAACGAGGACGAAGCUCCUGAAGAGGAAGGCACCCAGCUGGCCAGUCUGAUAGAGGGUGGGGCAGAGAGGUUGCACCUGCUCAGGACGUUCACGGAGGCAGCGAGGAACACAGCACAGCCACCCAGCAGAAUUCAGAAAGGGAUCAGGGAGGAGAAGAGGCACGCCGUUACCGACAUUCUAACGCUCGCUCAUAAAUGUAGGGUCCAGGCAGGCAAGUGGAUGCUAUUUUGCCCACGCCAGGAAGUGAAUGGGGUAUGGGGUGUAGUAGCCAAAGCCACGGCCAACAACGAGCUAGGUAUAGCGGCCAAGGUAGCUCCGAGGCCGGCCGAUGGAGAGCGCGCGCACCGGCUCAUCUGUGUAUACACGGCCGAUUUCAAUGACCUGGAAGAUGUUGCUCGGGUCUUGGAACGACUUCAGGAGCUAGGAAUUGCCAACGCUAAUGGACCUGCCAUCUUCUACAAGCCAGUGGGAACCCCUGGCAGCUCAGAGCCUCAUUGUACAGCUCCUUGGACAUCAGAAGAAGUAGCUCUAGGGUGGUGGUUCCAACUGCUUUGGGUCAGGGACCUUCGUGAGACUCAACAUUACAAACUGCCGGGGCGUGCAUUCCGUGUUUUCCAUCCAACAUAAGGGUUCAUGAAAGUGCCAAGUGGGGUUCAAAGACGUGCCCCUGGUGGUGAGAGGUGAUAUAAGUGUGUUCUGUCGUACUGUGAUGGGCAUGGGUAUGCCCAGGCGGGUCCAAUCCCU